AUGGGAUAGUCAUUAGGAAAAGAAGAAGUAGAGUAAACAAAGGAACUAUUUUAUAAGUAGUACUCUUUUAUUGAAGAUAAGCAAGAUUUACAUUAUGGAUAGAUUAAGGUUUUCGAAAGAAAUUAUGAAUUUGAAAAUUCUCAAUAGCUAAAUUAAGAUGAAGGAAAAGAUACAAAAAAGUCUGCUAAGCAAAGAUUGUAUUAGAAGGCACGCACUUUAGCUAUAAAAGAAAGUGUUUAUUAAGAUUUAGAUACCAUAGACAAGGACUUGGUGAAUAUGAAAUAACUUAUUCAUAUAACAGAAGAAAAUCAUAAAGAAAAGCGAACUAAGAAUUUAAUUGAUGUAUAUGAGUACUUUAUACAAACAGAAGAAAAAUUUUGUAGUUCAGUAUAAAGAAUUUAAUUAGUUAUAGAAUAUUUGCAAAGAGACAUAUAAAUUGAAGUAAAAACAAAGAAACUACAAAACUAAAGGUUUACUCCUCAAGAAAUAUUUACAAUUGCUUUCAGUUGUAUUAACUCUCUUUAUAAUUUGUAGCUUGUUAAUUUGGCUCAUGGCGAUUUAAAGACAUCUAAUAUUUUAGUUUCUGAAUAUUUUGAAAUAAAACUUUUGCACCCACUAGUUAACAAAAUAGUACCUAGCUUUGCUACUAUGAUUUCAUAAUUAAGUUAUGGUGAGCACUUUGACACACAAGGAAUUUAUCUUUCUCCUUUAUUGACAAAAGCUGUUUCCUAAAAAAAUUAUUAGCCUCAACACAAUCCAUUCAAAUCAGACGUAUUUACUUUAGGAAUUAUACUAAUCGAAUGCUGUAAUCUAGGAACUGUCGAUAAUUUAUAUAAUUAUGAGGCAGGAGAUUUUAAUGAAAAUUAGCUUAAGAUUCAUAUGAAUAUAAUUAAGAAUUAGUAUGGUGUAGAUGUCCAUGAUUUAAUUGCAAGAAUGGUAAAAGUAUAGGAAUAAGAUCGUCCUGAUUUUAUAGAACUAGCUACUUAGCUUAACAUCAUAAAUUAAAUGAAUGAAGUAUAUAACUAAUAACAGUAGAUGAUUGAAUAGCAAGCUUCUUUAAAAGUUGCUCCUGCUUCUGAUAAAUAUGGUGUUUCUCUUUUUAAAGCACUAAAUACAGAGGCAGAAGAAUAUAAUUAUAGUUAGAAACAAAAUUCUGCUUCUAAUUCUUUUGUAUAAAAUAACAAUUAGAGCAUUACAGCAGCAAGUAGUGCUCUUAACCCAAAUAAUAGUUUGAAUUAAAAUAAUAUAACUUCAUCAUAAUAACCUAGCACAAAUAUUUAAUCUCCAAAUACUUUUGCAUAAUAAAGCUCCCAGUCAUCUUAAAUAGCUGCUACUUAAAGUUUCUCUUUUUAAGGAAAUCCAAAUAAUUUAGAAAACACUAAUAAUCCAACUCAAGUUAAACCUAAUGCAUUUUUCCCUUAGUAUUCUUAAAAUUAGAUAGCAGCCUCUACCUAUUAGCAAAAUUCUAACUAGCAAUAUUAGAGUUAAUAGGUUUCUAUUCCACCAGCAAAUCCCAAAAACUAGAAUUUAUCAAGGUAAUAGUCGCAAGACGUUCUCUAAAACUAAGUUAUAAAUUAAUCACAUAAUUUUGGUAAUAUCAACUAAACCCCAAUCAGUGGGGUAACUUUAGUUAAGAAUAGCAGUUAAACUACAAACUCUAAUUACUAACCAACAUUACUUUAAUAUCAUCUUAAGCCCCCAUCAGUUCCUUAUAAUAUUUAAAAUCAGUAAGGCAAUAAUGUACCAGCUAAUCCAAACUUAUAGUAACAAUAACAAUUUAAUAGUAAUGGAAGCACAAACUUAUCUCAAAUAAAUUCCGGCUAGGUUUAGUAAAGCUAUUCAGGAAUAACUCCAAUUUAAAGUUCCAAUUAAUAGUAAAGCUAUUAAUUUUCUAAUAAUUUGAUAGGAAAUUAAAUUAAUUUAUAGAAUUAACCAUAAAAACUAUAACCACCUCCAACAGAUUAAAAUCUAGGUCAAGCAAACUAUUAAGGAUUUACAAACUUUAGUUUGCCAGGCUAUGACAACAAUAAUGCAGGUAUUAAUUUAUAAUAUAAUCAGAUUUCUCAGCCUUAGACUAAUAAUGGCUAAAAUUAUCAAAUUCCAGAAGAUGUAUAAAAAAUUAUAAAUGAAUUUAAAGAAAAAUAAAAAAUAAACGAUUAAAUAUACUCUGAAAAAGAAAAGCUGUCUUAAAGUAAUGUUAAGUACUAAGUAAUUCCAAAAUAAGAGAGUCCUAAUAAAAUUGAGCAAAAUUCCAGCAGAAGUGUAGUAAAUAUAUCACCUUAAAAUAAUAAUAAUUUAAGUGGAUAGAGCAAUACUCAAUUCAACAUCUAUCCUGACUAAAAAUAAUUUACAAAUAUCUAAGUUUCAUAGCAAUAACCUAUUUAAAACUUGACUUAUUAAUAGCAAGAAUAAAUUGCAUAGUAGUUGCUAGGAAAUAACAUAUAAAAUCCUGUAAUCCAAUAGUCUGCAUUUUCUAAUCCGAUGACUACUAGCUAGCUUUAAGCUUAAUAGCUGGCCGGAUUGACAAAUAGCUAAAAUUAAUUCAUUUUAAGAAGCUAAAAUCAAUAACAGUACAUAUAAUAACCUCCCCAAUAAUAGCUCAUAUAAGCUCCAACUUAAAUAUAAGGAAAUUAAUUUUAUGCAGCUCUUCAAUAGAAUUAGAGCUUUAAUCCUAUGAGUGUCUAACCUUAAGCAACAAAUGUUUUCACUUCUACUGAUUCAUAAAGAAAUAAAUAUGAGCAUAUUCAUGAAACUUAUGAUGAUUCAUCACAUUAUAUUGGUGAAAAAUUAGGUGGUUUAAGGCAUGGUACUGGAAAAUUUUUUUAUGCUGAUGGAGGGUACUAUGAAGGAGAGUGGUGUGAAGGUAGAAUGGAAGGUUUGGGUACUUUGUAUUAUCCUUCUGGAAGCUUGGCUUAUCUAGGAUAAUGGAGAAAUGAUUAGUUUAAUGGAAAAGGCACUGUUUAUAAUGAAUCUCCUGCACAAAUUAUUGGAGAGUUUGAUUAUACAAAUUUUGAUAAUCUUGGAGAAUAUUGGGUUAAAUACGAAGGUGAUUUUAAAGAUGAUAACAAGGAAGGGAUAGGAACUAUAUAUCUCUCAAACGGAGAUAGGUUUACAGGAAAUUUCAAUAAUGACUUUGUUCAUGGAUAAGGAACCUAUUUUAGAGAGAAUAAAAAUCCUGUUUCUGGUAUUUGGGAUUGCAACCAUUUAAUAUAAUAUUUAUGA